AUGGGUUUCUCUGAAACUCGAGCCUACUCGGCAUGGGGCGCCUGGUCGACAUGGCUCACAAUCUGUCUAGCGCUGGCAAACUUACUCCCUGUCACUGCGAAGUCUGCAGCAGAUUAUUUUGUAGAUUCACUGCCGGGCCAACCUGAAGGCCCGCUGGUGAAAAUGCAUGCUGGGCACAUCGAAAUCAACCCCGAAACUAGUGGAAACUUCUUCUUCUGGCAUUUUGCCAACAGUCACAUUGCCGAUAAACCACGGACCAUAGUAUGGUUGAACGGGGGACCUGGCUGCAGUUCAGAGGACGGCGCGCUCAUGGAAAUUGGACCAUACAGGGUUACAGAUGAUCAUAUGCUAAAUCGUACGGACGGCUCUUGGGACGAAUUUGCCAAUUUACUGUUUGUGGAUCAGCCGGUGGGCACUGGCUUUAGCUAUGUCAGCACGGGGGCCUACGUCAGUGAGCUCGAUGAGAUGACCUCACAGUUCGUAACGUUUAUGGAGAAAUGGUUUGAGCUGUUCCCACAUUAUGAAAAAGAUGAUCUUUAUUUUGCUGGAGAAUCGUAUGCGGGGCAAUACAUACCGUAUAUCGCACGUGCAAUUCUCGAUCGGAAUAAGAAGGAAUCAGUGCAAGCACAAAAUCGACAGUGGAAUCUUAAAGGCCUCCUCAUUGGCAAUGGCUGGAUAUCCCCUCGGCACCAAUAUCUGUCUUACCUGCCCUACGCUUAUCGGGAAGGAAUAAUCCAGGGUGGGACUGACGCAUCACUCCGCGUCGAGGCGACAAUAUCGAAAUGCAUGAAGAAAUUGAACGUCGAAGACACCACUGGGACUAUACAUAUUGCCGACUGCGAAGACAUCCUCCAGACGAUUGUCGAUGAAACACAUAAAGGAAACCGUUGCAUCAACAUGUAUGAUAUCCGUCUUACAGAUGCAUACAGCGCAUGUGGUAUGAAUUGGCCUCCAGACUUGAAGAAUAUAGAGCCAUACCUCCGGUAUAAGAAUGUCACAGAAGCGUUACAUAUCAACAGUGACAAACAAACUGGCUGGACUGAAUGUUCGGGUGCAGUAGGUGGCAACUUCAGGGCCCUGAAAUCUAAGCCAUCCGUCGAGCUACUUCCGAGGCUCCUCGAAGAGGGCCUUCCCAUUCUUCUAUUCAGUGGCCAAAAGGACCUAAUAUGCAAUCACAUGGGCACCGAAGACAUGAUCAAAGACAUGAAAUGGUCUGGCGGGACAGGAUUCGAACUCUCCCCGGGCGUCUGGGCCCCACGACAAGAUUGGACCUUCGAAGGCGACUCGGCAGGCUUCUAUCAACAGGCACGAAACCUGACAUACGUCCUAUUCUACAACGCCAGCCACAUGGUACCCUUCGACUACCCACGGCGCACCCGCGACAUGCUCGAUAAAUUCAUAGGCGUCGAUAUCACAGACAUCGGCGGCAAUCCUGCCGAUUCUCGAAUCGGCGGCGAAAAGGGCCCCACCACCUCCGUCGGCGGCCAUCCAAACAGCACCACCGCCGCUGAGCGCGAGAAGGAGAAGAUGAAGUCCGCUGCGUGGAAGGCAUAUUACAAAUCCGGCGAGGUGGCGCUUAUCGUCGUCGCCAUCGCCGCUAUCAUAUGGGGCGUUUUCAUCUGGCGGUCGCGCCGCCAGAAGCUCCGGAACCCAAGCCAUGAGUACCGUGGCAUAUACCCGAUGCUGGGAUCGAGUAGCUCGGGAUCCCUGCCCAGGUUUUCAAAUAAACGGGGUAGAAGUGCGGAUGAUGUUGAGGCGGCGGAUUUCGACGAGACGGAGCUGGAUGAGCGGCCGAGUCGCGCUGUGUCGUCGAGAUCGAGUAGAGAGCAUGAGCCUUAUGCUAUUGGGGAGGAGGACGGGAGUGAUCGGGAGGGUGAGGGGUCUGAUGAACGGAGAAGACUCGUUGAUAAAUCGUGA